CUCAUAGCCCUCUGAUCCUGUACAGUACCCUCUUUUGCCGAGCUCAGAGGUCGAGAUUUGAUCCUCCUCUUUUGUCUGUCUUGACCUGGAGCACCGGCGUGAUGCUUCGGAGUGAGAUAUUGAAGCGGCAGGCCAUGCAGUGCUGGUCUUUGCUUCCACCUCUUUUCUGGUCUUCCAGCCUCGAGCCCAUCGUGGUUCGAGCACGUCAAGGUCCCUUCCUGACCUGUGUCGCGUUGUACCUCCUCAUCUCUUGCCUGUCAUGGCUGGCUCAUUUCAUUCAAUUCAGCACAGCGCUACAUCAGAGUCUUCUCGCUCCCGAGCAUCUUGCUCCAGAGCCCACCCCAGCAGUCAGGCUGCAAGCAGCCGCCCUCGUCGAGCCGAUUCAAUGGGCUCCCCCCUCUAUCAGCGACGACACAGAGAGCGCCCAAAACAGCUCCACUACAGCACAGACCAUUCCGCGGAUCAUCCAUCGAAUGUGGCGACACCUCACAUCGGACAUUCCAGAGGAAUGGAGCAAUGCGACGGCCUCCUGUCGGGUCCAGAACCCCGAGUACCAGCAGUACAUCUGGACCGAUGAGACCGCACACCAGUUCAUCGGCAGACAUUUUCCGUGGUAUCUCUCCACCUACACCGACCAUCUUCUGCCGCUGCAGCGCGUUGAUGCGCUCCGCUAUUUCCUUCUCUGGCACUACGGGGGGGUCUUCUUGGAUCCCGAACUGGGCUGCCGUCGUUCCCUAGAGCCUCUGCUCACGGCCAAACAAGUGCAGGCCCCUGUGCAGCUGCUUCUGCCCCAGGGCAGGGCCUACGGCGUCGGCACGGACAUGAUGGCCAGUGCCCCGGGCCAUCCGUUCGUCAUCAAACUGGCCCUGACGACCCAUGACCACCACUGGCCAGGCAUCCCGGCGUAUGCUAUGGCCUUUGCCCGGUCGGGCCCCAUGGUGGCCAGCCGUGUGUUGGCCGUGUGGUUACGGUCAGUUGGUAACGCGCCGACUAUCAUCGCCAUCGUUACUGCGGCGCUGUUUGACAACCCAGAAUCAGGGAACGCGUUCUUUGUGCGUUGCGUAGGGCAGACGCCGCGUGGAGAUGACGUCGCCGUGGCACAACAUGUCUUCGGAAAUUGGGUCGGUUGGGGUGGAGCGGGCUUGUCCCUGGCGGUCAUGGCCCUAGUCAUCUUUGGUCUUCAUUCCAGGCCAAGGACGGUGACACAUGUACUGGUGUAAACAGCUGUAAAUUAAACAUCUCCAAAGAGAAAGCCUG